CUUUAAACCCUUUCGCUCGUUGUCUUUCUUUUCUGUUUUCUGUUCCCACGUUGCAAGUCUCCAAGGUUUAAUGAUGCCGUCGGUUGCAUCUUGCCUCCUGGCUGCAGCCGCAGCUGCCUGGAGUUUGGCCUCCACGACCACUGCAUCCAGUGACAACGAUACCGAUACUCUGGUCACCCAGCAAAUCGACAACCACCCAUAUCCGUAUGAUUUCCCCCAGCUGGGUGCUAAUGGCACCGAUAUCUUCCCUAUGCGCCUUUGUAAUGGCUUCAAAUUAGAAGAGGCCAGUAUCGAUGAAAUCCAGGUGGAGCUCAAGUCAGGCAAAUUGACUGGCGUCCAACUGCUCGAGUGUUACUUUGAACGGAUCUACCAGUUGCAGCCGUAUUUGAAUGCUGUCCUACAAUACAAUCCCGAUGCAAUGGAGAUCGCGAAAGUUUUGGACGAAGAACGCCAGCGGGGAAUUGUCCGAGGGCCUCUGCACGGAAUUCCCUUUCUGGUCAAAGACAAUAUUGCCAGCAAGGACAAGAUGGAAACCACUGCCGGUAGUUGGGCUCUAGUCGGCUCCGUGGUCCCUCGUGAUGCCCAUGUUGUGUAUCGUCUACGUCAGGCCGGUGCGGUGCUGCUAGGCAAGGCCGCUCUCAGUGAGUGGGCGGACAUGCGCUCAAACGACUAUUCUGAAGGAUACUCCGGACGGGGUGGCCAGUGCCGGAAUCCUUACAACUUUACUGUCAAUCCUGGAGGGAGUAGCUCGGGUUCCGGCGUUGCAGUUACAUCCAACCAGGUGCCUUUCGCACUUGGGACGGAAACUGAUGGCAGUGUGAUCAACCCUGCUGAAAGAAGUGCCGUUGUCGGCAUCAAACCUACUGUCGGUCUGACCUCUCGAGCUGGUGUCAUUCCCGAGUCAACUCACCAGGAUUCUGUCGGCUGCUUUGGAAAGACGGUCCGUGAUGCAACCUACGUCUUAGAUGCCAUCUACGGCAUCGACCCUCGCGAUAAUUAUACCUUCGCUCAGGAGGGCAAACCCCCCCGGGGAGGCUAUACCCAAUUUAUAACAAAAAAGUCUGUGCUCAAAGGCGCUGUAUUCGGACUCCCGUGGUUGUCCUUUUGGCAGUACAACGACCCGACACAAAACGCUCAGCUCGUGGAGCUUUUGGAUCUGAUUCGUUCUGCUGGGGCGACCAUCAUCAACGGAACCGAGCUUCUAUCCUACAAAGAUAUUGUCGAUCCCCAGGGGUGGAACUGGGAUUAUGGAACACAGCGCGGAUACCCCAACGAAUCGGAAUAUACGUACGUCAAGGUCGACUUCUACAACAACAUCAAUAGUUAUCUCGCCGAAUUAAACAACACGAACAUGCGCUCGCUCGAAGAUUUGGUCCAGUACAAUAUCGACAACGUUGGAAGUGAGGGUGGUCUUCCUGGGGUGAACCCAGCUUUUGCGUCCGGUCAAGAUGGAUUCCUCGCCUCGCUGGCAACUAAAGGUAUCAUGAAUGAGACAUACUGGCAGGCGCUGAGCUACUGUCAACGCACGAGCCGGGAAGAUGGUAUUGACGCAGCUCUGCACUCUAACGGUCACAACUUGACUGCUUUGUUGGUGCCUCCCGACUUCGGCCCUACGUACCAGAUUGCGGCCCAGGCAGGAUACCCAGUCAUUACGCUUCCUGCUGGAACCAACAAGGAGUCGAAGAUGCCCUAUGGUCUGGCACUCAUGGGCACCGCAUUCUCGGAAGCGACGCUCAUAAAGUACGCCAGUGCAAUUGAGGACCUGCAAGUUUCUUCCAAUACCCCUUGGAAGCGGACCCUACCUACAUGGAGUGGCUAUCUAGAUCGAAAUAUUCCUCUCAUCAAUGCUUAGCCUUGUAUAUACUCAGUAGAUAGGAUGCUUUAUCAUAUUGUAAUAUGUACUCUGGGCCCUCACACCAGUUUCAAUGCCCACGGUUCCUUUCUCAGCUUCAAGGAUGGAAACUCCUUUGAUAUCUGAAAUGGACCUAAGCCACUUUUGGAUCUGUAAAGAGCUGGAGAGAUAUCUCAAUCAGAAAAAUAAUUAUAUACUAUAGAUU